AUGAAGAAACAGAUCGCCGCCGAAGAUGAUUCCCCGCCACCGCAGGAGAGAAGUUUCCAGAAGAUAAAGAAACCGGAGAGGCCUGCGCCGCCGCUUCAAUCCGCCGCAGCAAAAGAGUGGAGGAUAAGGGUUAAUCCAAAGCCCGUAAAAACAGAGCAUGAAAUUAGCGAUCUCGCUGAAAAACUCAAAGGCGUUGAUUUAUCAAGAACAACCGCCGCGCCGGAGUUGAAGAAAUUCAGACAAAAAUCAAAGGUAAAUCCACCAAGAAGAAGACCACGCCACGUGGAAAUCAGACGAAGCUUCCCUAUCUACAAGCUGAAGAACGAACUCGUUCAAGCCGUCCACGAUAACCAGGUCCUGGUCGUCAUCGGAGAAACCGGUUCCGGCAAAACCACCCAGUUAACUCAGUACCUCGCCGACACCGGUAAAUACACCACCGACGGCAAAAAAAUAGGUUGCACUCAGCCUCGCAGGGUGGCGGCAAUCUCCGUCGCUAAAAGAGUCGCCGAAGAAUUCGGCUCUCCGUUAGGACAACAAGUCGGCUACACGAUCCGGUUUGAAGAUCGAACUUCUCCGAACACCAUUAUCAAGUACAUGACUGAUGGAAUGCUUCUGAGAGAAAUUUUCACCGAUAAAGAAUUGUCCGAUUACUCGGUAAUAAUUCUCGACGAAGCACACGAGAGAACUAUUCACACCGACGUACUCUUCGUCCUACUUAAGGAGCUUCUCGUACGGAGGCCCGAUCUCCGCCUGGUUGUAACUUCCGCUACUUUGGAUGCGGAGAAAUUUUCCGAAUAUUUCUCCAACUGCAGAAUAUUCCGGAUUCCCGGGAGAAUAUUCCCCGUCGAAACAAUCUACGUAGAUCCGCCGGAUGACCGCGACUACGUCGAUUUGUCGUUGGAUAUGGUAUUGCAGAUUCAUGCGACCGAACCGGAAGGUGGCGACAUACUCGUGUUCUUGACCGGUCAAGAAGAUAUCGAUUACGCGUGCCAAUCACUCCACGAGAGGAUGGAGGAAAUUUUACGCGAAUUACAUGAAGAAAAUAUAUAUAUUCGAGAGCUGAUAAUUUUACCGGUUUACAGCGCUCUACCUAAUGAAAUCCAAUCGAGGAUAUUCGAACCGGCGCCUCCGGGAAAGAGGAAAGUCGUAUUCGCCACAAAUAUCGCGGAAGCUUCUCUGACGAUCGACGGUAUAUUCUACGUCAUAGAUUGCGGGCUCGCAAAGCAAAACGUGUACAAUUACAAACGAGGCAUCGAUUCUCUGGCGACAGCUCGUAUAUCGCAGGCGUCAGCACAGCAGAGAAAAGGUCGAGCUGGUCGCACAGGGCCAGGAAAGUGCUUCCGUCUCUACACAGAGAGCACUUUCCUGAACGAAAUGGGGGCCGCGACCCCCGAGAUACAAAGGAUUAAUCUUUGUACGACCGCUCUUAACUUGAAAUCGAUGGGCAUAAACGACCUAGUUGCGCCAUCUUUCGAUUUCAUGGACCCACCUCCGCCAGAGGCACUAACUUCCGCCGUCGAACAGUUGCGCAAAUUAGGAGCGCUCGAUAAAAACGGGAUCGUCACAAAUUUGGGUAAAAAAAUGGCCGAAUUUCCGCUCGACCCACCGAUGUCGAAGAUGCUUAUCGCCAGCGUAGAUCUCGGUUGCAGCGACGAGAUUCUGACGAUCACCGCGAUGAUCCAGACGGGAAAUAUCUUCUACCGACCGAGGGACAGACAGGACGAAGCCGACAAGAAAAAGGAAAAGUUCAUCCACCCUAGUGGGGACCACCUGACACUUCUCACGGUUUACGAGUUAUGGAAAAAGGCGGGGAAAUUUUCGGGGCAAUGGUGCUACGACAACUUUGUGCAGUCGCAGUCUUUGAGGACGGCGCACGACGCGAGAAAACAGCUCGCUUCGAUUAUGGAGAGGCUUGGAUUGGGUGUUGUGAGCUGCGGCAAGGAUUUUACGAGGGUUCGAAAAGCUGUGGCGGUUGGGUUCUGUUUGCAUGCGGCGAAGAAGGAUACGCUCGGAAGAGGGUACGUGAGAUUGGUCGAUAAUCGGAGUGUUUAUUUGCAUCCGAGCAGUAGUUUGUUUUCGAGACAGGCGGCUAUGCCUGAAUGGGUUGUGUAUAAUGAAUUGGUGAUGACGACAAAGGUUUAUAUGCGCGAAGUUAGCGCCGUCGAUCCGAAGUGGAUUUCAGUUCUUACAACAAAAUCAAAGAAGAGCAAGUUGAUCAAGAACUUAUUAGACAAGUAAUUAAUUAAUAGGUUAGACAAGUCUUUUAUUUUUGUUUUUCUGUAGCAAUUUUUUUUUAGAAGGUUUAGGUGUGAAUUAUGUUUUUGAAUAAGGGAAAUAUAUGAAAAGUGUAUGAUUUAUGAUAUAUUAGAUUGAUGUUGCA